GUUCUUAACUUUUGACCAAUUUUAAGGCUCGUGUUCUUUUAAAAAGAGAGUGUAUUCGUUUUCGCUUCGUGCAUGACUUAGAUGUACGUAUUUCACUCAAAAUUCAAUGCGUGACAGCAAUAUACAAUGUGUUUCUGUCGCUACCAUCUUCAGGAAAAACCCUCACAGAGUUUGCUUACAUAUCGAUAAAAUUAUAUUUUUUCCACGAAUACAUAGAUUAAAGGCCAAAAAAACUUCAAGAAAAAAUUCGAAGAAAUUGAUUGAAACUUUUUCAUGAAAUCUGACACUGAAAUUUGUAAACAAAUUUCUCUAACAACAGAUUCGCAACUGAAUUCGAAACUGUCCGGAUACUUUCGUGAGGGGAGUGUACAUCCUUUGACACCUGCUUAAGUACAAUUCUUUCUGUUUAUCGAGGCUAGACAUAUGUUGCCAGUCCAUGAGCCUAGCCCGUUCCUUUUUUCUGUCAUUACAAGUCAACAUUCGCGUAAGCAAAUCUCUUAUCUUGAACACAUACCGUUUAAAGCUGUUACCUGGAAAUUUGAUUAACGUCAGUAACUUUUUAAACUUUUUCAUUGAUCAUUAUCAUCAAGUACCAUCUUCUAUCAGAAGGUUGGCUACCAUGACCCUCCAACUUUUUGGUCAAAGGUUCUCAUAAUUUCGAAAUAAGAUUUCUUGUUUAAAAAAUCAUUCACUGGAAUUUUAAAGAAGGAUAUAUCAUAGAUACCUUUAAAGUACAUGUGUAAUGAUAAUAUGUAAUUUAAAAUGAAUAUAUAAAGAUAUAUGGUGCCAGUGGCGGCGCCAGCUAUUACAAAGUGGGAGGGUAAAGGGCGUGGCCAGUGUGACCACGCCCCUUUUGCCUCGUUCCAGUUAUUCGUCCCUUUCCUUGGGAAAUUUGAUCUACCCCUACCCAGCGCUUUUUAAUCCAUUUUUAGAAGAAAUAUAUAGACCAUAUUUUCAGAAAAGUGGGGAGGUAAAUACCCCCCCCCCAUACCACCCCUUGGCGCCGCCACUGUAUGGUGCUUUUUUUAAGUAAUUGCGUUUCUUCUCAACUUUUUCCAGUGGUCUUAAACUUUUGCACAUGACUGUAAAAUUAAAUAAUUCGAAUUGAAUUGUCUUACUGAUCGCAGAUCAGUUCUUGCUUUUCCUAAAGGAACAUACUUUAUUUUGUAUGAACCCCGAGACUAGAUUUGCCUAAAAUAAGAACCGCGAAAGUACAUGCUCAGUCUCAGAUGAAAAAGUAGAAGAAAAAAGCAACGUGUCUUUGAAAUUUUCUCUCGUUUUUAAUUCAUUCAAUUUCCUAAAAAACGGAGCAGAUUUUAUCAGCUAAUAAUCCGUGCCACCAAAAUUGUCGUGCAAAACUGCCAUUUAAUGUUCUAAGAAAUAAUUUAUAGUUUGUGAUUUUGGAAUUAUUAAAGCUGAGAUAGAAACUACAUUAAGAAAGCCUGAGCUUCGAAUUAUCCAAAAAAUUGGAACACCGAACUUCAGCAAAAAAUUAUCUGUUUCUUGUUUAAAGGAGUUUAAAUCAGAAACAUUAUAGAUUUUAGAAUCAGAUAAAUUAAAUCACACUCACAAUUCAUUGCUGCUUCAAAUUUAAAUAAAGUUAAAAAAAUUUAGAAAAAAUGCAAUAUUAUGGGGGUUUCCUUGAAUCAAAAUUGUUUUAUCUUGCUUCAAUGUCAUCUUAUCAAUAGGUCAGAUAAAUUUCUGAGUUGUUUUAUGCUAUUGUCAAUGUGACACUAACACAGCUUUUUAUCGUCCAUGACCGCAUAAACACGCAAGAAAAAGUGCUUUGAUUUGUCUUGAGGUUUAACAAUAGGCAUGUAUAGAUUUGUAAAGUUGACGGUCCUUGUGCGUGUUCAUGUUUUGGAAACGGUGGUACUUUCAACAUUGCGUCGCUAAGGUGUUCGGGCGGUCGUCUUGGUGACGCAUCACAGGGAAACAUUAAUUUGUAAAUAAUGCUUGAUCAUAUUCUCUUCCUGUCCAGUCUGGAACUUCGUCUACGAUUUAAAGAAGAACGAAAUGAAAUAUUUGUACAAUUGAAUAGUUGUUGUUGAAAGUUUGCAAGUUAGCCAUGGGUACAGGAGGCUCAAAGGGAAAAAAGGUUGCGAAAAAUUCCAAGAAAAAAUCUGUUGGUUCGUCUUCAAGCAGUUCGUCAUCAUCCGGGAAAAAGCGUGCAAAGAAAUUGAGUAUUGAUGGGAACAACAAUCGAAACGAACUGGUUGAUGUCGUUUUAGAGUACGUGAAUACAAAUAGAAUAAAGUCAGUUAGUUUUGAACGAGCAGCGAGGUUAAAAGCCACAGAAAUUAAUUGACAAUGGGCAAUCGUAAAUGGAACAAGUACAUACGCAGCAAACACGUUGAAGCCAUUUUUACAGCCGACAAAAGGCCGUAGAGGUUGGAGGAACAUCAGAAUUUAUGUGUCAUCAACUUUUGAGGAUUUCAAAGAUGAGCGGGAUGUACUUUCAAAAGAGGUUUUCACUAAGCUGAGAGAAUGGUGUGAAGAAAAAAAGCUGAGACUUGUUGAUGUUGACUUGAGAUGGGGUUCCAAAGAAGACCUCAAUAAUUCUUCACAUGCUCUUUUGGCACUGGGUGAAAUAAACAGAUGCUAUGCAGAAAAUACAAUACCAUUUUUCUUAGGACUCGUAGGGGAAAAGCUCGACUGGAUUCCAGAUGAAAAUGAAAUUCCAAGCAACAUUGCAGCACAUUAUGGAUGGAUCUAUGGCUUUUCUCUCUACGAAAUGGAAAUAUUGCACUCGGCCUAUCGCUUCUGCAGUCCAAAUGCAUUAUUCAUGGUUCGGGAUCCCGAGUUUCUGGUCAAUUGUCCUGAUGCAUCCAAGAAAGAUUUCGUUGCCUCAUCAGAGCUCAGUGCAACACGCACAGGUCGUUUAAAAACUGAACUGCUCAAUAUGUUUCCGAACACACAGGUCCACACAUAUCAAGCAAGUGCCCAGGUAGAAGAGGGAGCUCCUUUGAAAGUAACAGGACUAACUGGUGAAGUCACAUCUUUUGGCACUGUGGUUUUGGAGUUUUUCAAGAAGAGAAUAGACGAACUCUACCCAUUAGAUCCAACGGAUCUCGACCCAGUUGAAGAGAGACGCCAAGCACAUCGAAAUUACGUAGCAUAUUAUGCAGAUAACUCAUCUCUCAGAGAGGAAAUCAUUGCAAAGAUCGAGAAGGAGAUAAAAGAACCAACAGAACCAUCACCAAUCAUCGUCCACGGCAGCCAUGGAACAGGGAAAACAACGAUCCUUGCUCAAAGUGCAAGGAGAACCAUGGAUCUUUGUGAAAAUGGAGGCAUCCCCGUGCCUUCGGGUGCAUUGCGGUGGAAGAUACUCCUGCAUUUUGUCGGGUCAGCUCCAGGGUCAACAGACUUGGUUUCAUUUCUAGAGAGACUCCUGAAAGAGACAGGUCAACUCAAGCCUGAAGUUUUUGAUGAUCUGGAUAUGAUGACGCAGAGAGUGAGAAAUGUCCUUGCCUAUGGCACAACGCCCAUAAUUAUCUACAUUGAUGCAAUUGAUCUGAUCGAUGCUGACCAACAGAAACUUGUCCGUCGAUGGCUUCCCCCUGUUCUUUCUAACAAUGUCCGUGUGAUACUCUCCACUACAACUGGAACCGUCAGCCAUAAAAUCGUCCACAAAUAUUCACAUGAAAGUUCUACAGUCGAAGUGAGCACGAUGGAGUUUGGCUUGAGAAUGGAGAUUUUCAAAUCACAACUGUUAAAGUACAGUAUUGUAUUAACGGAUGAGGAAUACGGAUACUUUUUGAAUUUGCCCGGUGCGAACAAUUUAUUGUGGAUAUGCCUGGCUUGUCAGUAUAUCAUCACGAAUUACAGUGCCAAAUCGAUGGAGGAUUUGAAAGCAUUGCCAACAGAUUUAAAUGGGCUGCAAGAACUGUUGAUUGGUGGCCUCGAUUCGGGCUCAGAACACAGGCUUGUCAUGGCUACACUAUUCCUUAUAUACACAUCAAGACGAGGCCUUCUUGAAAGAGAGCUCAGAUCGUUGCUUUGCACGUACGAAAAAAGUCAAGACACCACGUUUGAGUACGAUGUCUUGCCUUAUCGACGCUGGGCAGUUGUUUACGAUCGAGUGCAGCCUUAUCUGAAGACCAAUGCAGCUUUUGGAGAUGGAAGGCUAGAUUUUGCUCAUCAAUCCUACUCUGAUGCUUUUGAGAAAAAGUUCCUUGCUGGAAGUGAAGAUGACAUUAAAAGCAGGAAGAAAUCCUGGCACACAAUUCUUGCAGUUCAUUUUAAGAAUGAAGAUGAUCUGGAUCGCAAAGCUGAGGAACUUCCGUAUCAUUUGGAGCAACUUGACGAUGUUGAAGGUUUGGCUGAUUGCUUAGCAGACUGGGAAAUAUUCGAUCGACUGUUCUCCUUUGACGUCAGCAGUGACUUGAUACAUUACUGGCAAAAGGCCGGUGGUUAUGAUGUGGCUGGCGAACGAUACAAGAAAGAAUUGCAGAGUCAGGAAGGAAAAAUCUCUGAUGUUGAAUACUCCAAUUUGAUCGAAAAAGUCGUUAACUUCGAUAUUCAAGUCGGCCAGUAUAAUAUUGGGCUUGAUUUGCUGCGUAAGCUAGCGGAAUUGGAAGAGAGCAAACUUGGAAGCCGACCAGACCAAAUGGCAGAUAUUUACCAGCUGCUUGCGUCUUGUAAGGGCGAGAUAAUUAGAAGCUCAGAGGGGGAAAAUGCAAGCCUUCUACCGAUGGAAAAAGAAGUAGUUGACUACUGCGAAAGAUCAAUUGAAUUGCGAAAGAAUUGCUCAGGAGAUGAGAACAAGAUAAAGCUUGGCGAAACGCAUAUUAUGAAGACAAACCACUUAGCAAGAGUUGCUGAUCUUGAGUUUGUUGGAAAAGAUACAAUCCGCAAGGAAGCUGACAAAGCUAUAGACGAAGCUAUAUCAAUUUUUGAACAGAUGGGUGACCGAGGACAUAAGGCAGAGGCUCUCAUGGCUAAAGGAGGAAUUUAUCGAAACUGUGACAACGAGGCAGAGGAGAAGUACACCCUUGCGGCUUGUGACAUGUGUCUUCAAGUCUACGGUGAAGAUCAUAUUUUGUCUGGUGAACUUUGCAAAAAGGUUGCAAUUAUGUACGAGGAGAAUGACAAGGAUUUGAAAAGUGCCUGUAUUUAUUAUCAAAGAAGCUUAAAGGUAUAUGACAUGCUUCUUGGCGAUGAUCAUCCAAAAACUGAACAGCUUAGUGAGCUUCUGGCCAGUGAAAAAUUUGCUAAAGUGAAGCAGGAGCUGGAAGCCGCAGGUAGACCACCAGAGACUGAAGGUCAACCCGUGUCGGUGGCCAAGGCCGAUGAGCCCUCAUUGGAGUCAGCAGGUCGCAACAGUAGAGUUGGAAGUGCGGCAUCUGGUCGCAAUAGUAGAGUUAGAAGUGCAACAUCUGGUCGCAACAGUAGAGUUGGAAGUGCGGCAUCUGGAGUUCGAAACAGCGAUGGCGGACAGAGUGGAGGUAAUGCAGUUGGGGUUGGUGGUGGAGAUUCAGGUGGUAAUGCUGUUGGCGGGCAUAGCGGUGGAGAUGCUGGCGAUGGUGGCCAUGGUGCCGGUGGCGGUCAUGGUGCUGGAGAUAGUGGUGGAGGUGGUCAUUCUAGUGGCGGCGGCGGUGGUGAUGGUGGCGGCGGGGGUGAUGGUGGCGGCGGAGGUGAUGGUGGCGGCGGAGGUGAUGGUGGCGGUUGUUAAUAGCAACAACAAGGAAAUAAAAGAGUUUAAAUUUUAUUUACACCGUGACUUUUUCAUGAUACAUGCACAGUAAUUAGAUUUCCUAAGUUUUAGUUGUUAUGGCAACGAGCUGUGUCUGGGAAAUGGAGACAAAGUUAAACGUCGAUGCCGUAGUGCCUAGGUUGUUCUGAAUAGUGCAAAUUGAAACAGCAUUUUUCUGGAAAGGGCUAAGAUGUGUUACAGUGAGGAAAUGACAUCUUAAUGAUAUAAGUUCCACAUAUUUUCUCCUCCCCAAUCUUUUAGCCCGUUGUGUUCCCUGAAUUUCCAUUUUAUUUAAGCUUCUUUAUCCAUGAUAAUCCACUCAACUACAGUUGUACAGGGAGCAAUGUCUUUGUCGUUCAUUACCACCUUGUAUGGCAAGGAAACUUCAUACAAUUUUUCUAUGUUUCAAGAUGUGUCCCCUUGACAAUUUUUACAAGGUUACACGCUACUAAAUGCUUAAUACAUGAAGGAACCACUAACUGCUAGCUUGCUUGCUCAAUUUACCAUUGCUUUACUGUUUUCUCUCUGUCGAUUAAACAGAAGACAUUGGAAAUCGUCCGUGAAAGGUACCUACUGUUGGCCCUCUGUCUAUUGUACAAGACGCCUUAGAAGUUUUCCUAGUAAGGUACCUACUACUGGCCCUCUGUCCAUUAUACAAAAGGCGUUAGAAAACAUCCUUGGUAGAUUAGAAAUCACUUGGUAGGUUUAACGUAUUGUAGAUUUCCUUUAUGGCUAUAGAUAAAGAUAUAAGUCUGUUAUGUAUAUAAUGAAAUUGAUUCUAAUCAUAUUAACAAUUUCUAACGUAUAGCUGAUCAACAUGAUGAUGAUGCUUGGAUACUAAA